AGCUGCAGCUCUUGACUUUUACCUAUUACAUUAUACAGUGUUACUUAUGCUAGUCCUUCAAUUCAUUAAAUAUUCAUUUCUACGGCAGAAAUCCCUCAAGUUGUUGUCAUGACCAUGCCAGACAAGGCUUGUGAGCUGGUGAACAAGGAUGUGAACAGAAUCUACUACAGCAAGGAGAUCAAAAAGAAGAUGCAGAUCUGCAGUAAUGAGCUAGGCGUUCCCAUGAACUGCGUCCUGCCGGUGAAGAACUACCACGAGGAGGGGAUGCUGGAUAACGACAUGGAUAUCCUGAUACUCAACGCCAUGACUCAAAUUAUGAACUUCGCCAACGACUACCUCUGGGACCUCCAACAACAUGCAAAUCAAAAAUAGAAUGAGUAUUAAGAGAUGAGUUAGUGAGCCCUGCAGUUUAAGAUAGGAAUAAAGUUCUUAAUUUCUAUAUUUUUGACAUUGUGGUGGUAUCAUUUUACUUCCAUGUAGAGGCCUAAAUAUGUUAUCUGCGGCUCUGUGAGAAAUGUAUUUUGAGUGAGUAUGCAUUUCAUGUGACAAGAAAAUCUUUAAAAUAAACUGAGCAUU